UCUCGAGUCAGCUCCGAGCAAGCGAAGUCCUCAUCCCGCUGAUGACGAUGGCCCCAAUACGCCCACUGACCUGCUUCCCUCCAAACAACAGCUGGACUGUGUCGAUGCAGAGGCUGAAUCUAAUGCCUGCCACCACCAGGCGCCUGAAGAACCUCCGGGAUCCACGAGAGAGGAUCGUCGAUGGCGACCUGAUGAGAGACUCCACGACGAAAAAGAAGACAGGCCGGCCGCCGCGUCAGACCUCCGCCGGGUCUUUUCCUUUAUCGCGGGCGAUGAUGCCAGGUUUUCUCUGGCCUAUGAUGACCAAUGGCCCUUGCCUAGAUCAUCCGUCACAGAUGGUGGAGGUGGCGCCGAUCAGGAUACGAAGUACUUGGGGACUUGGAGACAUCUGUUGCGAGCGACUAACAAGCUUGAACUGACCUCAGGGUAGCUUAGGAUUGUAUUCUUUUUUCUCUUACUUUUAUUUCUUUCUGUAAUGAAUGAAUGAAAGGGUACACAGAUGGACCCCAUUAUCGAAGCGAGAAAUCGUUUAGGGGCGUUGCCAGUAGAUGGGAUACAUGGGGAUUGACUUUUCCUAGUUCCUUGGAGUUCCCAGACAUCAGAAUCAGUCAAUGAUGGAAUUGUAUUAUUAUAAGGUCACGCAGCGAGAGCAAGUCUUUAUUAUCAUAUUGAAAUCGACAGUUAGUCCACCAUG